UGUUGCUUUAUAUAUACACUCGAGCGACACGACACCGAAAUGUUUAAACUGAGAGGUUCUGUAGUUUUAAGGGAGCUGCUUAAACCGUGUCUGAGGCGACAUUUUUCUGAUAUUUCCAGAAUUAAGACGACACGAAACCCGAGCUAUAGUGUCAGAGCUCUAACUGGGAAAUGUCGACCAUCCGCGAACGCUUGGCUUCAAACCAGUCGUUACCUGUGCACGAGAGCGGACACGGACCAACCGAAGGACGGGACAGAUGCCACAGAGAAGAAAAGGAAGGCAGGCAUUCUGCCCAGUUUGGAAGACCUGCUCUUCUACACCAUUGCAGAGGGUCAAGAAAAAAUCCCAGCGCACAAGUUUACUACGGCACUUAAAGCAACGGGUCUACGUACAGGAGACCCUCGUCUGAAAGAGUGUAUGGAGAUGCUAAAGGUCACAAUGAAGACUACAUCCGAUGGAGCUCUGGAUCGACACCUUUUUAAAAAGUGUGUACAAAGCAACAUCGUGCUGCUGACUCAGGCAUUCAGGAAGAAAUUUGUGAUUCCUGAUUUCCAGUCAUUCACGUCACACAUUGAUGAACUUUAUGAGAACGCCAGAAAACUUUCUGGAGGACAGGUAGCAGACUACAUUCCUCAGCUGGCUAAGUUCAGUCCUGAUCUCUGGGCCGUGUCUGUCUGUACUGUGGAUGGGCAGAGACACACAAUGGGUGAUACCAAAGUACCGUUUUGUCUGCAGUCAUGUGUAAAGCCUCUGAAAUACGCCAUAGCUGUUCACGAUCAUGGCACAGAGUAUGUUCACCGCUUUAUUGGAAAAGAACCCAGUGGCUUGCGCUUUAACAAGCUUUUCCUUAAUGAAGACGAUAAGCCACACAAUCCAAUGGUAAAUGCAGGAGCAAUAGUAUGUACAUCGCUUAUUAAGCAAGGUGCGGGUAAUGCUGAGAAAUUUGAUUAUGUGAUGAACUUUAUAAAGAAGCUGGCAGGAAACGAGUAUGUGGGAUUCAGCAACGCUACGUUUCAGUCUGAGAGACUGUCUGGGGACAGAAACUUUGCCAUUGGCUAUUAUCUAAAGGAGAAGAAGUGUUUCCCAGAAGGCACAGAUAUGACCGCAAUCCUGGACUUCUACUUUCAACUGUGUUCUAUUGAGGUAACUUGUGAGAGUGCCAGCGUCAUGGCGGCUACGCUGGCCAAUGGAGGAUUUUGUCCAAUCACAGGCGAGCGUGUGCUGAACCCCGAAGCUGUAAGGAACACUCUAAGCCUAAUGCACUCAUGCGGCAUGUACGACUUCUCCGGGCAGUUUGCCUUUCACGUGGGUUUGCCUGCGAAGUCAGGUGUGGCUGGCGGUAUCUUGCUGGUUGUCCCUAAUGUUAUGGGCAUCAUGUGCUGGUCUCCACCUCUGGACAAACUGGGUAACAGCGUUCGUGGAAUCAAGUUCUGCACAGACCUUGUGCAGCUGUGUAACUUCCACAACUAUGAUAACCUUCGUCAUUUUGCUAAGAAGCUGGAUCCCCGCAGAGAGGGUGGCGAUGAACGGGUGAAAUCUGUCAUUAAUCUGCUGUUUGCUGCUUACACGGGGGAUGUUUCAGCCCUGAGAAGAUUUGCUUUGUCCUCUAUGGAUAUGGAGCAGAGAGAUUAUGACUCCAGAACAGCUCUACAUGUAGCUGCUGCAGAAGGUCAUGCUGAGGUUGUGCGCUUUCUUCUGGAGGCAUGUAAAGUGAACCCUGUACCCAGGGACAGGUGGGGAAACACACCCAUGGACGAGGCAGUGCAUUUCGGUCAUCAUGAUGUGGUGACCAUUCUACAGGACUAUCACAACAAAUACAGCCCUCAGGAGACCAGUCCUGCUGGAGAUAAAGAAACGGCCGAGAAGAAUCUGGAUGGCAUGCUCUGAAUCUGUGUGUUUGUGUGUGUGUGUGUGUGUGUGUGUGUGUGCACUGUGUUUCUGAUAAUCAACCUGGUAGCUUGUGUAGAUGUGUUUUUGUGCAGGGUGGGAAUUUUUAGUUUACACGAUUACACUUUGUAUCGUGUUAGAUGUUUUAGUCUGAAUGUGCAUUGAACCAGACACAUUAAGUGCAAUGGUCAUUUCUACCUAAUCCCUAGUGAUGGCAUAGGGCAUCAAGGGUCUAUAGCCUAAAUUUAUCUUAGAGCUCAACAGUAGGUGUGGAAGUUUGAUUAAAUUUUAAAAAGAGUUGAUUUCCCAUAAGCCUUGGUAUCCUCCGACCCGUGCGCAGCCCUUAGCGGAACCCUUUUUCACCCAUGCACUCUGCACAGGCGCCUCUCUAUUUGCCAAUCAGGGUCCUUACACAGCAUUUUAAGACCCGACCCACAUAGUACGCUAAUCCCGCCAUAGCAGAAACGUGUCUUCUGCAGGCACUGCCAAUUAUGCCCGCUAGAUGGCGCCCAGCCGACAGGUGGCAACACCAAGUUUCGAACCAAGAGUUCAGAAUCUCGGCGCUGGUGUGCUAGUGGAAUAUCCCGCUGCGCUACCUGGUGGAUAUUAAAGUUUUUUUACCCGUUUUAUUAUUAUUAUUAUUUUAGCUUUGGAAUAAUUGUAUUGUGGCACAGCUCCUAAGGUUGGUGCCACUCAGCAGCCUGGGCCCUGACAUACUGCGUUUGAACGUCAUCUCCAGUUUUUAAGGAGUUUAGCACAUUGUGCACCACACGGGUGGUUUUUUUUUUUCAUUGGUCACUCAGAUCGGCUACUGUAAAUUUGCCCUAGAUGUAAGAGAGUAAGUAAGUGAGGAGUGAAUGUUACUGGGUGUUGCACUGCCAUGUACAGAGUGUACUGCUGUUUUGCAGACAGAUAUUUUAAGUAGGCUUCGGACCCACCAUGACCCUCACAGGGUGAAGCGGUUAGUUAAAACAAAUGUUACUUUGCUUUAAUAUUUUAAACUUUAUUUAUUUAUUUGCAAUUAACUUCCAGAACAUUUUAUAAAGAGUAAGCAGUCAAUCUGUUUACUAAUGUAUUGCAAUGCAUUGUGGGAUUUUAAAGUGCACUAUUCUUUCAGACACUACGAUGAAUGGUGGACUAAAGAUUUAGUAUAUAGGGUCAGAUACACUUGACUAUGUUGCCUCAUCUUGUGCUGGUAUUUGCAGCAGAUUUGCAGCAGGUUUGUGUACUAGUGAAGAGGCUCUCACAGAUGAGAAUGUUUCAGAAUGCACUGACGUGUAAUGGCUAGGGGUGAGUUUUAGGGACCAGUACAUUUCUAAGACUGCUCAUGUUUUAAUAAAUGAAGUCCAGUCUUGAAUACUUGAAAGUAGAAAGGAAAAAAAGACCAAAUCAGUUUUGUGAAUGUUGGGUUAUUUAUUUAUAUAUUUAUUUAUUAUUGUGUAUUAAAUACAU